AUGGAGCAAUCAACCAAUUACGAACCGCCACUAGCUAAAAGACGUGGGCGGCCGCCAUUAAAGCAAGCACGUAAUGUUCGCUGCCAAUGCGAAAGAAAAGAAGAAACCCAAGGAAUGAUAGAAUGUUCGGAAUGCAAGGAUUGGCAACAUAGAGGUUGUAUGGGCAUCGGAGAUAUUGACUAUCCCGCAAGCUACAAAUGCGAACUUUGUGAUCCACGUGAGCUGCCAGUGUCGAAAGAAGAUGCAAUGAAUAAUGAAAGAAAUGCAGAAGCUCAAUCGAAAUCAAAGCCAGCAGCAUUCGAUGUCAAAGAUUUUCUGAAAUACCUUGACAAUCAAUCGAUUGGUAUUCAAACUCCGUUUGUCCUGACAGAGUUCGUUUUGGGAUACAUCACUUCCAGAGGAAUGCAAACUAAACUGCAUACUCUCAUAGCGAGAUUCCGUUCGACAAUUUGUAAAACUAUUCCCGAUUCUCCAUUGUUCGAUGGAGAAGCUAAGGCACGAAUGUUAUUUGCAACGAGUACAUCCAUCAGUCAAAAUUUUUUGAAUAAGUUGCGAGAAAAUGCAGUAGUAGAGGUCGAUCAAAUCAAUAGAAUCACGAAAUACGAAUCGCUUCACGGAGGUCUCAAAUUGUGCGGAAAACACAAAUUUCAUGGGUUUCCAUCAAAAUCGGGUUCUAAGAGAAAGUCGCCACGUGGUAGACGCCCGAAAAGAAUUAGCGGAUAUUCAUAUUUAACGGACGAUUCCAUGGAAAUUCCUGAAGAAGAAGCGGAAGCAGAACUAACAAUGGAAGUCGGCGAUGAAAUCACUGAAGUUGGUUUUGUUCCCUCUGGAAAUGGUCAAAUGAGUAGAUCAUUCAAUCAACAGCGCGUAAAGGAAGAACCAAAUACUAUUGCAUGUUAUCAUCAGCAAAUUCAGACUCCAACAACCCCUUCGUUGCCUACCGGAGAUCCCAAUCCAUAUCCUGCCAACCAGAUGCCAGCGUAUUAUUAUCCAUCAAUGUAUCCACAAUAUCCACAGUAUCCACAUUAUCCAGCAAGCAGUAUCGGUUUGAAUGGACUGACCAACUUCAUGGCUUCGAUGACUGGACUCAUGAUGGCACAAACAAACAUGUUACGUGAUAUGCAUCUGGUCUCAUCUGCUCACAAAACUGGUGGUCCCGAUCAAGUAACAAGUCUCAAGGAUUUGUUGAAGUAUCUUCAAGCUUACCUCGUUCAUAUUGGAUCGUUGAAACUUUCAACAAUAACUCAUCAAAUUGUCAUAGCAAUACACGGACUUGGAAUGGGAGACAGGGAGAUUCCUCUCGACAAGCUAAGAACUGCUCUCGAUUAUGCAUUUGCUCAUAUUUAUGCAUCGGAUGCAACACCACCACUUGAUUCAAUCUCGGCCAGUCAUUUCCUCAGCAAACUCCAUACAUAUGCAUCCAAUCAAAAAACAGGAAAUUUCCAAAGUAUUCGAGAUCUGAUCUCCCAGAAAAUGUUGUCGUUGGACAAGGAGCAAAUGGUACCAUUGGAAAAUAUCGGUCGCGCUAUCGAGACACUCAUCAAAUAUGUUUUAAGUCCCGUUAGAUAA